GGUGUGAAGGAGGGACCAGAGGCUGAGCACAGGUAAAUAAAACUUUCCAAAAACACGAGCGAGCAGGGGAGUACAAUCGGUGAGCGACACAAGCCAAGCGUCCGACAUCACCACCGCGCGCCAUGUCGUUGUCCAAGCCCGAGGAGCUGCUGGCCCACGAGCUGAGCUGCCCCAUCUGCCUCCAGCUCUUCUCCGAUCCCGUGGUUCUCCCCUGCGGGCACAACUACUGUCUGUCCUGCAUUCGCAUGACCGCCGACUCCAUGGACAAGACGUCUCCGCGUUGCCCGGAGUGUCGCGAGGAGUUCCAGGGCGUGGAGACCCUGAAGAAGAACUUCAAGCUGUGCAGCAUCAUCGAGGGCUACCAAGCCGCCGGGCCGAGGGGCGGAGACGAGUCGGAGGCUCUCUGCGACCGAUGCAUCGACAAGGAGUCGCCGGCGGCGGAGUCGUGCCUGCUGGGCGACGCGUCGCCGUGCUCCGGCCGCCUCCAGGGGCACCAGGAGAAGGAGUGGGACGCGAGGAGCUGCCCCAUCCACCGGCGUCCCCUCGAGUACCUUUGCUCCGACGACAUGAGCCUGAUGUGCGGCAUCUGCUUCACGGAGGGCCGCCACUGCAACCACGACGUGCUCACCUUCGACGCGGCCGAAGAGGAGAUGAGGCGGGCGCUGGAGAACCGCAGGACGCUGGUUUCUCAGAGGCUGCAGAUGACCGAGAGUCUCCUCCAGAUGACAGCAAAGGAGCAGGGAGCGGCUGAAGCCAUUGGGGACAAACUGGCCAACAAGGCGGUCUCUGUCAUGGAGAGUAUGGCUACUUUGGUGGACGGGUACAGGGACUGUCUGCGUGAGCUGUUGGAGGAGGAGAGGAACAUGCGCAGGAAAAGCUGGCAGGUGGGACUAGAAGCUCUCGAAGAGCAACAGCAGCAGUUAGUGGAGGCCCAGCGAAGUGCCACGCAGGUCCUCAGCGAGACAGACACGUGCAUCUUCAUGCACAGGUUCAUGCAGGUCGAACCCAAGCUGAGAGAAGUUGCCACAAGCGCCAUUCCCUGCGGGGUCCCCUCCAAAGCACCGCUCAACCCCAAGCGUCUCCAGGCGGGCCUCAAAACCCAGGACUUCCGCUCAGAGAUGACCCGCCACCUGGACUCCCUCCACAUACUGCUGAACCCCCUGGAGCUCACCUUCAACCUCUGCACCGCCCACCCCAACCUGUUGGUGUCCAGUGAUCAGCGUACGGUCAAGUACAGCCCCGUCAAGCAGCCGUACCCGGAUCACCCGGAGCGCUUCACGAGCGCGCCCCAGAUUCUCUGCACCCAGGGGUUCACAGGGGGGGAGCACGUGUGGGUGGUGGAGGUGGGGGGCAGCAGCAUGUGGUCGAUGGGCGUGUGUUACAAGAGCAUCCCUCGCCGUGGGGACCACAGCCGUCUGGGUCACAACUCAGUUUCCUGGCGGCUGCAGUGGAAAAACGGCAAGCUAACGGUGUGCAAUUCGUCCUGCAACGUGGCUCUGGGGGAAAUGAGCCAUCAUCCACUGAGGGUUGAGAUAGCACUGGACUACGAGGCGGGGACGCUGAUGUUCCACAACAUCAGAGGGCGCAGGGAGCACCUCCACACUUUCAGGGCUGUGUUCAGGGAGGCGGUUUAUCCAGCGUUCAGCAUGCAUUCACACACACCAGAGUCCUGGAUCACACUGCACAAUGGGAUGUGAAUUACUGGUAAUGGGCCUGGGCAAUCCUCUGGAUAACAACUUGACAUAAGUGUGACUAAAACAGUUAUUAUAGCACGUCAGAAAUAUUUACAGUAUCUAAAGUUUCUCUUCUUUUUAUAUUUUAUAAUCUGUCUGAAGCUCUCUGUCUUUAUCUGCUGAGUUUGAGUGUAUCAUGAAUGAAUUUUCUCUGUGGGGUUUUUUCAACGUUUUUGUCUGAUAUGCAGCGGUUCAUGUUUUCAUUUGUCAGUGCAUUGGAAGAUCUCUUGAAUGUUCUUAGUUUUCCUUUUGUGCAUUCCUUAUGUAUAGUAAACAUUGAUGAGUGCAAACGCUGGCAGUUUGGUUGGAUUCAAGACAGGUUUAUGUUCGUGAAACAAUUCAACUCGUAUGAUAAUGCUUGUGUAUCCAUGUUAAUAUAUAUUUGUCAGUUUCCAUGGUUCAUGUGAUACAUGACUGGCUUUUGAAAGUUUAUAAAUUCAAGUGUGCUUUUAGUUGACAUUAAGGUUGCCAGAUUGGCCUUUAAAUAGAUAACUGUACAUAACAGCCAUUCUUAAUUUAUGUUCAACCAAAAUCCAUCUGUACACUUGCACAUACAAAUUGUGUGGCUAUGGAUAAUACGAGUUACGUGCAUUAUGUAAAAAUUGCUGGGAAAACCAACUCCUGCUGUUACACACAUU